AUGGCCCCCCAGCAAGGGAUCAUGAGUCAGGGAAUGGGUCAAGGGAUGGGGCAGGGCAUGGGUCAAGGCAUGGGGCAGGGCAUGGGGCAGGGCAUGGGAGGGGUGGGGGUCGGGGUGGGGCAUGGGAACGUCCAGGGCGCGGGCAUGAUGGGAGGUGGUGCUAUGUCCACAAUGAGCAUGGGAGACUAUUCCUUGGAAGAUGUCCUCGGGCCGUUCCCGUGUGUGAGGCUGCGUGGCUUGCCCUUCGAGGCCACCAUCGACGACGUCCUUCGCUUCUUCCAGGGGCUUGUGCCCUUGGACGUGGUUAUGGUUACCAGAGCCGACGGUAGGGGGGCGGGGGAGGCGAUCGUCGUGCUGCCGAACCUGAUGGAGAUGCAGAUGGCGCUCUCCAGGGACAAGCAGCACAUGGGCCGCAGGUACAUUGAGAUCUUCCAGUCCAAGCGCAUGGACUACUACUCGGCGGUGGUCGGACAGCUGCAGUCGCAGAACAUGGGCGGCAUGCAGAGGCAGGGAGGCGGGGGCAUGGGCCACGGGUCCAUGGGUGGAGGGGGCGCGGGGGGCCUCGGCCCUGACGGCAUGGCCAUGCCCGUGGUCCACACGGGGGUGAUCCGUAUGCGAGGUCUCCCUUUCUCGGCUACAAAGCAAGAUGUCCUCAACUUUUUCCAAGGGAUGUCGGUCACGGAAGACGCGAUCCAGUUCGUGGUACGCGGGGAUGGCAGGGUUACCGGAGAAGCUUUCGUGUCUUUCAGCUCUCCUGCGGAAUCGGAGGCGUGCCGCCAUGUCUAGGAACGGGAACCACAUGGGCACCCGCUACGUGGAGCUGUUCGCUUCCACCCCGGAGGAGAUCGUGCGGCACAUGAACAGGACCUAAGAGGCACCUUUAUGCCUCGGCGGCACAUUGGGACGUAGACGAUGAUGCUUCUUUCGGACAUGAUGCUUAGGCACGGCACGGCAUCGAGAACACAGCACAGCAGUGAGAGUUCCGUUGGGACCGGGAAGGCUGACAAACUUGCCGUACUGGUACGUGCGUAUAUAUUCUGCUUUUUUUUCAGUCAUUUAAUGAAGUCUGUCAAAGUCUGAGAGCUUUGGGGAAGAUUGUAGUUGGGAUGAUACCAAGCAGGGGCGGGGAGCAAGGCUGGGCGGGGAAUUGGGGGAGGGGGGGGUAACGUAGGUUUUGGAUGCUGAUAUAUUCUGGUUGGUAGAUGUGGUAGAAUGUUGAGCGUCUGGAGGGCGGGGGCGGGGGGGCAGGUGGAGUUAGCUCUGGUUUGAGGGUCUGAGGUGUAAGAGGAAGAGGAGGGGAUCGUCUCGAGAUGGGUUGUUUUGAGUACUUUUAGCGAGUGGUCUCUCUGCUCGAAAACUUUGAUGAAAAAGGCGUUGUCUGUCUGUGGUUUGUUGCACACACGAAGAAAAGAAAGAGAAAAAAAAGGGCAGCUGAGUUUGGUGUUGGUUGACACAGCAGUCAGUGGAAAGAAAGGAAAGGAAAGGAAAGGGAGAGGGAGGAAGGACUUUGUUUUGCUGGCGGGGGCGGGCAGGCACUGUGCCGGCACUACUCCGCGAGAGAUGUGUAGGCUUAUGUUGCACGAGCGGUAGAGAGCAGCGGUAGCGCAUAUCGGUAACAGGAGCAAAACAGCAACAACAGAGCGGGGUUUUCUUCGUCUCCGUUCUCCGAACAGAAACACCCUGAGCAGGGCGUUCGCCGUAGAAAGGGCAGGCUGCUGCUUUUCGGCAGGCAGGUCGUUCGUUUUGCCUUCCCGGCAACGCGAAAGCGCGAUAGGCUUGUUGAUGGAUAGACCCGCCCCCGGUAUUGGGAGGCGGUUUUUCAAGCUAGGCUGUUUUUUCGCAGUACUCCGCGCGCAGUAGAGGUCCGGCGGUAGUUCGGUUUGGCAAUAGACCGUGGGCCUUGGCUUGGGCAUGACAACGCGCAUGUCUUGGGAGGAAGAAGGGCGAUCGACACAAGAACGUCUAGUGCUUCCUUUUUCUCAAAGGGGUGGGUGGGUUGAGGGCGGGGGGGGUGUGGGGGCUGUUGACCACUGUAAACCUACGGCGCCUGUGUUUUGUUUGAUGUUGUAGGGCACGAGUUUGCGGCGAAUGCUCUUGCCAAUGUACGGCUGCCCCUCCUCCCCCCCAAGCGAGAUGUCUGCUUGGCGGCGAACACUCACUCUCUUGUCCCUCGUGACAAGAGAAUGAAUCCAUCUCCACGCCGGAAGUCGGCCGCCCAUGUUCGUUGACGUUGCUUGGCCGCACGCGCGUGGAGAGUGCUUCUAUGUUUCGUUUUGGUGGUGCCGUCAUCGCUUCCGCUGGCGACUAUCUAUCUAGCCCGGACGGACUACUUGCCGCUGCCGCUGCUACCGCCGCUGCUGCUGCUUCUUGUUGUGGUUGUUGUUGUUGGUGUUCGUGUCAGGGUUGACGAAGAGUUCGCACUCUUUGCCAAGUUGGCCUUGCGGUAGGGUUUUGUUGCAUCGGCCGGAGCGAGUUGAGUCGGGGAAAGAGUGGAUAGAUGGAGGCCGGGUGCGAUAACCGUCGGGUGCGAUUACCUUUGCCGGCUGCUUCGGCGUGUUGAUUCUCAGUUUUCGCUCCCCAAGAGAAAGUUUGUUGAUUGUCUGGGGGUAUGCUUUUUUUUUUUCACUCGUGCACCCCCCCGUGUGUUCUGAUGCUUCCCGAAUCGGAAAACUCCGGAGUUAGUAGGUGGGUCUCGUUGGCCUCUCCUCUCUCCCAUGCGUGCGUGCAUGGUGUCUACGCGGGGUUUUCGCUGUCUCCAUCCCUCGUGGGCAUGGCGUGAUCCAUCAUUUCCGUUUUUUUUCGAUCGUUUGUUCCGUUCGUUGGUUGGUAUUUCGGCGGUUUUCUUUUUAUAGUGUCAUCAUCAUAUUAUUCUGGGCUGUGUGUAUUGUCUUUCUCUCUCUCUCUCUCUCUCUCUCUCUCUCGUCGCCAGUCAUCCACCAUGUUGUCUGUCUUAGCUCUUCUCAUCUUCCUUUCGGUUCUUUUUUUGGGUCGGUUGUUUGUUCCCUCUGACUUGCUUCUCUCUGUCUGUGGUGGUCCGUGUGGGGUGAUUGUGCCGGCCAAAACAGAGGAGCACGCCGUUAAGCGUCGCGCUUCUUCAUCUGCCACCCCCACGCGUUUUAGGUGACUUUUGUUAUCGGGUGGCGGGGCGGGGGGGCGUAGAUGUAGGCAGUUUACCUCCGAUUUUACGCGUCUGUGGCUUCUUAGCACAUGGGGCGAGCCAGCGAUGAGAUUGUGCGUGCUCAAUUCGAUUCGUUGGGUGUUGUUGCUGUGGAAAGUGUAGGUGUAGGUGUUGUUGCUGUUGUUGUUGUUGUUGUUGUUGAAGCUGCUACCGCUGCCGCUACUGCCGCCGCCGCUACUGCUGCUGCUGCUGCUGCUGCUGCUGCUGCUGCUGCUGCCUUGCGUGGUGGCGAUGAAAUUCUGGUCGUCCUUUUGUCCUCCCCAUGCUUGACCGGCCCACAAGUCCGUCUUCGGAAUAAAUGUCGUACGGACUCACGUCAAGUUGGACUUGAGCCUUCUAGACCUCAACCACUGUCGCCUCUCCCCCUCCCCCGGCAACUGAAUCGGAAAAGCCAUGGGCAAAACGGGAUGAUGUUGAUGCGAGAAAACAAGCUCGGAAACGCUGUAGCAUGGGGCGAGAGGAGGCACUUACGUUGAAACAAGGGUUUUGGGGGUUGAUUUUCGGGAUUUGUCGCAACAAAGGCCGGUUUUUUGUCUGCUCAAGGGGCCAUCUAUAUAUCUUUAGCUGUGUAUCUAACGGAGCGGUUGGUCGUGAGGUAGCGAGACAGAUGAUGAUGUUGUUGUUGACGUCGUUGGUAACUUUCUUUUUGUCAUGGUCCACUGCUGCUGCUUGUCGUGGCAGAAUGUCGAUGGUACUUGUUUUGGGAUGCGUGUAUCUGCGAGGACGUGUCAACUGGCGGCAGAGACAUCAGUCAUCGUUCGUUUUUUUUUUUGUUUUUGAUACCGGCGACAGGAGGUACGUCACCGGCAGUAGAUCACGCGCUUGAGGUGUAUUUGGUCGUUCAGGCGUGGGCUAGUAGGGGUUUGCUAUGUUGUUCCAACCCCGGUUGGGCGUGCGUUUUUCGGGAAGGUUUCGAAUCAACGAAUGGCAGGCACAGUACGAUGGUUUUGGAAGUCGAGGCGGGAUUUGGGGGCGCUGACGCCCGGUGAACAAGGUAGAGUCGGGCGGCUGUGAAUUGAUGUAAAGCAAGGACGGGUGGGGGGUUGUGGUGUGCCGGCACCGCUUGAUUGUUCGUUUGCGUGAAAAGCGCAACAAAUGGCACACGAGGGGGCUCUUCUUUCCCUCACCCCGCCCUUCCUGCGUUUUGUUUGUCCCAAGUUAUCCUCCACGCCGGCACUUGCUCAUGAAGGAGAGAGUAGGUUGUUGUUGUUGGUUAGCCAUGGCAUGGAAGAGUGACGCCGCGUGCUGGUUGCCCUGAACGAGCGUCCUCCGCAGUGCAGUGCAUGACUUGGGUGUCGGUGCCUAUUUGGGGACUAUGUAGGGAUGUGGAUGAUGACCAACACACACACUCGGUGUGAGACUAGAUUCCCUUGAGGGAUGAAGAAAAAGCAAAAAGUAAGUGUAACAACAGUCGAGGGACACGGGGCGUACUCAAAUAAUACCGUCGGAUGGGAUGUAUUUUCACUCCUCGUGAUGUUUUUGCCAACGGGAUACAACAAGCUUAAGAAUUUGUUCGCAAUAAUUAUUAUGUGCAUUACAGCCACCUUACCUAUAAACGAC